AUGGGCGAGUGGGGCUUCCUGAGCUCGCUGCUGGAUGCGGUGCAGGAGCACUCGCCCAUGGUGGGGCGGUUCUGGCUGGUGGUGAUGCUUCUCUUCCGCAUCCUGGUCCUGGCCACGGUGGGCAGCGAUGUCUUCGAGGACGAGCAGGAGGAAUUCGUCUGCAACACACAGCAGCCGGGCUGCAAACCUGUCUGCUACGAUGCUGCUUUCCCUAUCUCCCACUACCGCUUCCUCGUCUUCCACGUCGUCGUGCUCUCGGCCCCCGCCGCCCUUUUUGUUAUCUUUGCCGUGCACCAGGCGGCCAAACCGGGGCGUGAGGGGUCCCCUGGCCAGCGUGCCCGUCGCCUCCAACCCUUCUACGUGGGCAGCGUGGUGGCUCGCAUCGCGGCCGAGCUGGGCUUCCUCCUGGGCCAGGCGCUGCUCUAUGGCUUCAGGGUGCAGCCGCUCUUCGUCUGCCGACGGCGGCCGUGCCCGCACCGCGUCGACUGCUUCGUCUCCCGCCCCACCGAGAAAACCGUCUUCAUCCACUUCUACUUCGUGGUGGGCUUGGUCUCAGCGCUGCUCAGCCUGGCUGAGCUCGCUCACCUGCUGCGCAAGGGCCCCCCACUCCGAGCCGGCAGCUGCCACCGGCCAGAGGAGCGGGGACCAGCCCCGGGGCAGCCGGCGGGGGCUGCCAAGGAGCCCUGCUGCCCCCCCGGGCCCCCGCUUCGGGGGGAUCUCACUGUGUAG